AUGGAGAAAAUCAUCUACGACUUCUAUUCUGAUCUCUUCGACAGCCAUGUCCACUUACCUCCUCACCAUCUGAGGGAAGCGGUCGUGGAAGUCAUUCCAGAGGUUCUCCCGUCCGAAAUACGACAUGCUAUCAUGCCAGUAAGAAAUCGUACGGCACCCGGUCCCGACAACCUUCCGCUAAUACUCAUCAACACCCUGGCAAGGCUCUUUACACGUUACCUGUCGGAAUGCAAGGUUCCUAAACAGUGGAAGACCAGCAAGACCGUGUUGCUGUAUAAAAAGGGAGAUCCACAUGACAUCGGCAACUAUCGCCCAAUCUGCUUACUGUCCGUCAUCUACAAGCUCUUCACAAGGGUAGUCCUUAAUAGGAUUGAAAGGUCUUGGAUGAAGGACAGUCAUGCGAACAAGCAGGGUUUCGAAAAGGAUUCAGCACGAUUGACCAUAUUCACACUGUUUCGAGACUCAUCGAGGUAUCACGAAAGUACAAGAUGCCGCUCUCUCUCACCUUCAUCGACUUAA